AUGAGGUAUCUGUUAUCCAUCACAUACUCUGCAGUAAACCCCAAGGUGCCCCGGGGGGCACCACCCCCACCAGCUGCCAAAACCAGACAGUGGGAGUCCCCUCGUGUUCCUGUCACCCUGGGAGAGAAAGAGGGAAACAGUGACCAUCCACCCCCAUACUACUUAGCAGUAGUGCCCACCCAGCCCCCUCCUCAGUAUGGAGAGGUGGUGGGAACAAGAGGGUGGUCUGACACCCCCUCCCAACCUUACUACAUCAACCAGCCGAUGCCACAUGCAAAUGUCAUCCAUGUCUCUCACAGUACCCCCCCUUGUCUAUGUUAUGGCCCAUCCCUGGUGUCUGGCCACCUAAGCAGCAGUGAAGCCUACCAGCCCAGCGAGAUGGAGAAAGACAGCUGUCCCUCCAACACUGUGGAGUGUGAUGGCCAACAGGAAUGCAAACUGGGCAGUGAUGAGACCAAUUGUUUACGGUUCGGGUCGAACGGGGCUCUCCAGGUGAAGACAAACAGCGUUGGUAGUUUCCUCCCUGUAUGUUACAGUGGCUGGAACAAGGGCCUGGCUGACCAGACCUGUGCACAACUAGGCUUCAGAGCGAGUCAUAGCACUAGCAGUGUGAAAGAUGGGUCCUCUACCACUCUCACUGUGACAGGGCAGACCUGCAACACCAUCCAGGGAAAGGUGUCAGUAAAUAGCUCAUCUUGCCUCAACAAGGACACUGUAUCCCUGCAGUGUAUCAACUGUGGCCGGCAGCAGUCGUCCAGAAUCAUAGGGGGCUCUGCAGCGAAUCUGGGCGAUUGGCCUUGGCAGGUCAGCCUCCACUUUCGGGGCUUUCACACCUGUGGAGGCACCCUGGUGGCUCCUGACUUUGUGGUGACAGCAGCCCACUGCUUCCCCAGGAAAGACUCAUCGUACCUGGUGCCCAAUAACUGGCGUUUGUACAUGGGCAUGGUUUCUCAGACGAUGCUGCCUGUCCCUGAGAUGGUGGAGAAGAUCAUUGUCCAUGAGAGCUAUGAUGACAACACCAACAACUAUGACAUUGCCCUGCUUAAACUCACACAUUACGUACACUACUCCAACAGCAUCCAGCCUGUGUGCCUGCCUGCCUAUGACAAGACCGUCUCUCCUGGGACAAAAUGCUGGACCUCUGGAUUUGGGACAGAGGAGGGGACAGCCCGUGGAUCCACAAGUCUUAUGGAGGUGACUGUGGACAUCAUUGACUCCAGUGUAUGUAACAGAAACACAGUCUACAAUGGCCAGGUCUCUCAGAACAUGUUGUGUGCUGGAGAUAUAAAGGGAAGCAAGGACUCCUGCCAGAGGGACGGUGGAGGUCCUCUGGUGUGUAAGGACUCAGACCAGCGCUGGUACCUGAUGGGGGUGACCAGCUGGGGGGUAGGCUGUGGCAGGAGGAACAUGCCGGGGGUAUACAGUCGUGUCAGCCGCCUGCUGCCCUGGGUCUACAGUAAGAUGCAGCAAGCAAGACCGUGA